AUGGAUAUCAACGAGGAUGGGCAUGUUCAGUUCACCGAGUUCAUCGAGUGGAUUUUCGACACAGGCACCAACUCUUUCAAGGGCGCUCUGGAGAUCGCUGAGACCACGGACGGUGCAAAGACCCUGGAGUGGUCCGUGGCAGAUAUCCAGCUACCCAUUGCGGCUCCCGACAUUCGGACAGAGCUGGAGAUCAUCGACGGCUUUGCCAUCGAGGACGAGAUCAAGAAGAUGGACCCUUACGAUCUCAAGAAGCUCGAAUCGCUCACGGUCGUACCGGACCCAAUCCGUCGAGUCUUAGAGGCGGUGUACUUGCUUUUGCUGCCCUCCUCGGGCCUGCCAUCUAUCAGUGCCUUGACGCCGCCCGAAUGGUCGGGAAUACAGGACAUGCUGAAAGACAGUUCCACAUGCCAGCGCGUCAUGAACUUCAAGGCAAGGAAGGAAGAGAUGAAAACUCGGCCGCUGUGGGGCAGCUAUGCAGCACGGCGGUUUUUCACCGUGGAGAAGGUGGAUGCAGACAUCGCGGAGCUCGAGGGCGAUCCCCCCAGGCCGCUGAGCUACGAGCGGGUCCUGAGCUCCUGUCAAUCGCU